AUGAGCUCGUACCACUCGUCGAUGGCGCACAUCGGCGGGCUGAAUCUGUCCCACACGGCAGCGCUGGCCAACGCGCAGAACCUCAGCCUGGCCGGUCACAUUCCACCGCCCGCCCACGGUUCGCUCAAUCUGUCCGCGGGCGGGUCGCCGGUGGCGGUCGUGUCGUCCUCCCCGACGGGCGGCCACCAUCUGGCGUCGCCCUCGCCCCACCAUCAUCUUACCUCACCGCACGGCGCCCCGCUCGCCCUAACCGGCGGCGGCGGCGGCGGCGGCGGCGGCAGCAACACCCCGAACAGUGCGGCCGCCCCGCACCCGUACUACACUGCCGCCGCGAUGGCCGCCGCUUCGCCACUGUCGCUCAGCAGCAAGGCGCCGCCCCAUCCCCAUUCGGCCCUGUCCUCGCACUCGCCCGUCGGUGCGGGCAGUCACCAUCUGCACCAUCUGCAUCAUCAUGCGGCGCAACAGCAGCCGCCGCCCGGUAUUAACAGCAGCAGCAGCAGCAGCACCGCGGACAGGAACGGUGACGCAAAAUCGCGCUCACCCGUCGUCGCCGACGGGCACAACAGCACGAACGUCAUCAAGUCGACCAGCAAUGCGGACGAGACGGGCGGUGUGAUUAAGCGGUCCGGAUCCUCCUCACCCGGGGGCACCGGCGGCGGCAGUCCUGCGAUGCGCGUAGCAACACCGGUCGUGGUAGCCGGUGGUGCCGAAGCACACGAAACGACAAACGGCGGUGGAGCCAGCACGACGGCACCACUGUCAGACUCGCGUCCCGUCUCACGCAGUGCCAGCGAUGAAGCCUCCAAGGAUGGCAUGGUGGCGUCGAAGGAGGAACGGGCCGAUGUGGCGAAGGACGACGGCAAGGACCCGGCGUCCGUUAUUUCCAACGAUAAUGGACCGAGCGAGAACAACGGCACGCUCGACAAGCAGCACCACGACAAGGCUGCGACGGUCAACAGCAAUGGCAAUGGAGGUGGACAGGCCAAUCAAGCGGCCGCCGGAUCGGACGGUGGUGCAGGCAGCCCGGCGGAACUGAGCGGGAAUCGUGAGCGACGAUCACCGUCCAUCCCAACAGCAACGCCGGAGCGGCCACACCGGCAGCCACCACCGCAGCCCCGCUGGCGCCGACCACAG